GGUGCAAACAGCCAUGAUCGGAGUAGGAGUGAAUACUCUAGGAGGUUUCUCAACAGCUGUAGGAUGGUGAUUACAGAAAGAAGGACAUAAUAAGUCAGAGAUAGGGAGUUCGACGGUUUAUAAGAGCUUACAUUGGUGGAUUGGGUUGGUUAUGGUGAUCAUUUCGCAACCUCUUUAUAUUGUGUCCCAAACUCUAGCCAACCAAUCUACUCUUGGAAUAGUGGGCCCGACAAGUAUCAUUGUUCAUGUCUUAUUUGCAAGGUUCUAUCUGCAUGAAAUCCUUAGUUGGUGAGAAAUUGCUGGAAUUCUAUUGUUCGUUCCAGGGACAAUUAUCACACUUAUCUUUGCUUCCAAACAUAAUGACCUAUUAGAUAAAGAUGAAUUCAAAGAGAAAUUUUGGGCUCCUAUGUCACAAAUUUAUCUUUGGGGAAAUGUUGUGGGAUGUUUUAUUUUGUAUUUCUUAUCAUACAAAAUCAUAAAGGCAACCACUCCAAUUAAGAAAGACGAGGCUCAGGAUCAGGAUACUGAUUCAACGACAAACAAAGAAAACAUAAUGGAAGACUUUGAGGCAUAUUCUAACUUUACACCAAAACAAACAGAGAGUUUGAUAAGAAGAAGACAGAUGAAGUCCAGAGCUUCUCAAGAAUCAGAGCUAGUUGCAGAGAAUUCUGACGAUGAAUUGAUGUCAGAUGAUUCUGACGACUCUAGGUCUUUCAUUGGUCUGAAAACUAACACAAACAUGAGGGAGCCUUGUACUAUUAUUCAAGAAGAUAAUAAAUCUUGGUUCUCAGAUCCAAGACUUAAAUUUAUUCCUUUAAUAGCAUAUCCUUAUAUUGGAGCUUUUAUGGGAUCAAUCUCAACCUGUAUGGUCAGAGUGAUCACUGGAUUUGUCCAGAAGGGGCACCACAAAGGAUUUGAUGUCAUCUAUGUUCUUCCGUGUUUCAUGAUUAUCUUCUGAGCUCUCAUGUCCUACAUUAUCGUCAACAAGGGACUAAAAGCAUUUGAUUCUGUAUAUGUAGCACCAUUAUUCAAAAUUGGAGCAAUGAUAGCCUCUUUGACUACUGGAGGAGUGAUCCUUGAUGAGUUCUCUGCUUACAAGAAUGAACCGACUAGGUUCAAAUUUUUCAUAGGAGGGUGAGUAAUAUGUCUCAUAGGUAUAAUUCUCUUAGUUAUGGGAAAUGAUUUCAGUGAGAAUACCGAAAAAGAUGAGAAAAAAGGCAAUAAAGAUUAAUGCAAC